AAAAAACAUGGUAAGAAAGAGAUCAAUGAUAAAUAAAAUUUCUCCUAAAAUACCAAAGCCAAUCGCCACAGAAGCCUAUUCUGGACCAAAGAUGAAGGUGCAUAAAUGUAAAUGAGAAUCCUUUCUUAUGCAGAAAAGAGAAGCGGAGAAUCAAUACUUGACCAGCGAGGAGGUUCUACCAGGAGAAUGGAAGGAAUUCAAGAGUAUGCUUAGCCAACCCCCCGAAACUGAUGAGCAUUUGCCAAGAACAGAACACAAGCAAAUAGCAAUUGGUAUUGGAGCCGAAACAGGGAACACUGUCUCUAAAGGCAAUCCAGAAAACUCUGAAGGAGAGAGUAUUUUAGUCUCCCAAGAGUUUGCUAGCGAAGACACCUGCAAAACGUCAGAAACUUGUGAGGUUGAUGAUAGUCAACUUCGGGCAGGACAGGAACAUGAAGGAACCGGGGAAGGUGAAGUGACAAAGGCAAUGGAGGAUGGAGUAGAAAAGAGUGACCCAAACCAAUACAAUCUAGAUCUUGCAGGAACCUGCUUGAUGACGACGAGUUUUGGAGAGCAAAAUAAUGAAGGUUUGAAGGAGGAAAUAAUCCUUGAUCAACAAGUUGAAGUAACAGCUGCUAAAGAUGCCCCACUGGACGAAGGUCCUGAAGCAAUUGAACCAGAUGCAGCAGCAAGUUCACCCAUGAAUAAGCAUGAAGCAGCUUCAGAAAUCACUGGGGAUGCAAUGGAUGAGCCAGACAAUCUAUCUAUCGAUUUGUCAAGUGUGGAUGGAACUGCACCUAAAUUGGAGGAAAAGCUUAUUCAGGCGCCCAGUAUCACAGUCAGAGAUGAGCAAGCUACAACAGAAUCAAAAUGUCUAGAUGAAGACAAUAUGCAAGGUGAUGCUGCCAGUAAAGGUGUAACUGGAAAUGACCCUGCAGUUGAAGUUAGGAGUUCUAUAUCUAUCAGAGAUGAGAAACUUGAGAACCCUCAAGUCAAGUAUCUUCUAGAGGCAACACCAAUAUUGCAUGGAGGGGACAAGGAUUACAAGGGAGAAGAUGCUGAUGAAAGGAAUAGCAACAUUAGAGAGGAAGAGGUACAUGAUGGAUCCGAGAUCACGUGCCCUACAGAGGCCACCAAAGAAAUCGUAAAAGAUAAUGACAUGCUUCCCUUGCCACAACCAAUAGAAGAAGAAAGACUUGAGAGCUUUAGAGAUAAUGAGAAUAAGGAAGAAAAAUCAGAACAAGGGGUUGAUACAGAAUGUGCCACAGAAAAAGGACAAAAUGAGGAUAUUAGACUUGAAUCUGCAGAAGUAGUUUCAGACCAGGACUUUCAACCUGAUGAAAAAGAUGCUGACAAGUUUGAAGGAGAGAAACUUGAGAAGUCUGAGGCAGCAGCAGAAGAAAGCAUUGUUGGUGAGACAAGUCAGGCAGCUGAAAGUCCAGAGGAAACACCGAACGCUUCAAUGCUGAGACAAGAAGAUAAAUUGCAAAUUGAGUACAAGAACCCUGAUACAACAGAAGCUUUGCCAGAGGAGAAAGGAAAUGAGGAGAAAUCUUUUGUCAUACUAGCUGAACGAAGCAGUAAUGACAUCAAGCAAGGUGAUACCGAUGGACAAAAUGAAAAGACAAUAUUGGAGAAUGAAGAAGAUUCAAAGAUCUUGCAGGAAAGUGCUAAAACUGAAGACAAGGAAGACGACACAGGUAAGCAGUCCAUAAAUGGUGAAUCUCAAAAUGAAGAUGCCUCGCCAGAAUCAAUUGGAGAAGAAUCGCAUGAGAGCCUUCAAGAACCAAAAAAGGAAGAAAAGAUGCUGGAAAUAGAGGAAUAUGAACAACACGAAACAACCAACACGUUUGAGGAUGAUGAAAAACUAACACAUGAGGAGGAAGAACUUAGUGAUGCUGCCGGUAAAGGUGCAAUUGGAAAUGAUCCCUCAGUUGAAGUUAGCAGUUCUAUAUCUAUCACAGAUGAGAAACUUGAUAACUUUCAAGUCAAGAAUGUUCCAGAGGCAACACCAAUAUUUAGUGGAGGGGACAAGGAUUACAAAGGAGAUGAUGCUGAUGAAAGGAAUAAUAACAUUACAGAAGAAGAGGUACAUGAUGGACCAGAGAUCAUAUACCCUUUAGAGGCCACCAAAGAAAUCAUAGAAGAUAAUAAUUUGUUUCCCUUGCCAAAACUGAAAGAGGAAGAAAGAUUUGAGAGCUUUAGAGACAACAAGAACAAGGAAGAAAAGUCAGAACGAGGGGUUGAUACAGAAUGUGUGACAGAAGAAGGACAAAAUGAGGAUAUCAGACCUGAAUCUGCUGAAGAAGUUCCAGACCAGGACUUUCAAGUUGAUGAAAAAGAUGCUGACAAGUUUGAAGGAGAGAAACUUGAGAAGUCUGAGGCAGCAGCAGAAGAAAGCAUUGCUGGUGAGACAAGUCAAACGGCUGAAAGUCCACAGGAAACACUUAACACUUCAAUGGUGAGACAAGAAGAUAAAUUGCAAUUUGAGGACAAGAGUGUCGAUACAACAGAAGCUUUGCCAGAGGAGAAAGGCAAUGAGGAGAAAUCUUUUGUCAUUCUAGCUGAAGGAAGCAGCAAUGACAUCAAGCACAGUGAGACUGUAGCACAAAAUGAAAGGAAAAUAUUGGAGAAUGAAGAAGAUUCAAAGAUCUUGCACGAAAGUGAACAAGGGAAGAAGCUUGAGCAUUCAAUGCAUCCAACAUCAGAGGGAGAAAUCAUAAAAGAUGAUAAUUUGCUUCCCUUGCCAAAACUGACGGAGGAAGAAAGAUUUGAGAGGUGUAGAGAUGAUAAGAACAAGGCAGAAAAAUCAGAGCAAGGGGAUGAUACAGAACGUGUCACUAAAGAUGGACAAUACAAGGAUCUCAGACCUGAAUCUGCUGAACAAGUUCUAGACCAGAGCUUUCAAGUUGAUGAAAAAGAUGCUGACAAGUUUGAAGGAGAGAAACUUGAGAAGUCUGAGGCAGCAGCAGAAGAAAGCAUUGCUGGUGAGACAAGUCAUAUAGCUGAAAGUCCACAGGAAACACUUGACACUUCAACAGUGAGACAAGAAGAUAUAUUGCAAAUUGAGUACAAGAGUGCUGAUACAACAGAAGCUUUGCCAGAGGAGAAAGGCAAGGAGGAGAAAUCUUUUGUCAUACUAGCUGAAGGAAGUAGCAAUGACAUCAAGCAAGGUGAGACGGAAGGACAAAAUGAAACGAAAAUAUUGGAGAAUGAAGAAGAUUCAAAGAUCUUGCAGAAGAGUGAACAAGGGAAGAAUCUUGAGCAUUCAUUGCAUCUGACAUCUGAGGAAACUGAAAGAAUGCCUUCAGAAGCUGAUAAAAUUCCAACUCUCCUGGAAGGAGUUGUUCAGAACCCGCAAAAAACUCUAGGAGAUGAAGAGAAAGUUACAGAGGCAAUUGAUAACAAGAGCAUUGAAGAAAAGGACACAACAAAGGAGGAUUUAAAACCAGACACUGAGACAUCUGAUGCAAGCAAGGAAAGUGUAAUCUCUGAACAGGAGAUAAAAGCGGGUGAAAUGGUGGUAGAAGCAUUCACAAAGGCAUACAAACUGGACUCACAAGAAAAAACAGAAUAUGAAGAUGUGAUGAAGGACAUGGAAGUUAAUACAAAGAAGGAAGAUACUGAGGAGGUACAUGAAGGUGCUAAAAUUGAAGAUAAGGAAGAGGACACAGGGGCUUCAAUUUUGUUGUUCCAGGUACAUGAUGGACCAGAGCUCAUAUGCCCUUUAGAGGCCACCAAAGAAAUCAUAGAAGAUAAUAAUUUGCUUCCCUUGCCAAAACUGAAAGAGGAAGAAAGAUUUGAGAGCUUUAGAGACAACAAGAACAAGGAAGAAAAGUCAGAACAAGGGGUUGAUACAGAAUGUGUGACAGAAGAAGGACAAAAUGAGGAUAUCAGACCUGAAUCUACUGACGAAGUUCCAGACCAGAACUUUCAAGUUGAUGAAAAAGAUGCUGACAAGUUUGAAGGAGAGAAACUUGAGAAGUCUGAGGCAGCAGCAGAAGAAAGCAUUGCUGGUGAGCCAAGUCAAACAGCUGAAGGUCCACAGGAAACACUUAACACUUCAAUGCUGAGACAAGAAGAUAAAUUGCAAUUGGAGUACAAGAGUGUCGAUACAACAGAAGAUUUGCCAGAGGAGAAAGGCAAUGAGGAGAAAUCUUUUGUCAUUCUGGCUGAAGGAAGCAGCAAUGACAUCAAGCACAGUGAGAUUGUAGCAGAAAAUGAAAAGAAAAGAAUGGAGAAAGAAGAAGAUUCAAAGAUCUUGCAAGAAAGUGAACAAGGAAAGAAGCUUGAGCACUCAAUGCAACCAACACCGGAGGGAGCUGAGAGAAUCCCUUCAGAAGCUGAUAAAAUUCCUUCUCUCAUGGAAGGAGUUGCUCAAAACCCUGAAAAAACCCUAGGAGAUGAAGAGAAAGUUACAGGGGCAAUUGAUAACAAGAGCAUUGAAGAAAAGGACACAACAAAGGAGGAUCUAAAACUAGACACUGACACAUCUGAUGCAAGCAAGGAAAGCAUAAUCUCCGAACAGGAGAUAAGAGGAGGUGAAACGGCAGUAGAAGCAUUCACAAAGGCAUACAAACUGGACUCACAAGAAAAAACAGAAUAUGAAGAUGUGAUGAAGGACAUGGAAGUUAAUACAAAGGAGGAAGAUACUGAGGAGGUACAAGAAGGUGCUAAAAUUGAAGAUAAGGAAGAGGAAACAAAACUUGAGAAGUCUGAGGCAGCAGCAGAAGAAAGCAUUGCUGGUGAGACAAGUCAUAUAGCUGAAAGUCCACAGGAAACACUAGACACUUCAACGGUGAGACAAGAAGAUAUAUUGCAAAUUGAUUACAAAAGUGCCGAUACAACAGAAGCUUUGCCAGAGGAGAAAGGCAAGGAGGAGAAAUCUUUUGUCAUACUAGCUGAAGGAAGUAGCAAUGACAUCAAGAAAGGUGAGACGGAAGGACAAAAUGAAAUGAAAAUAUUGGAGAAUGAAGAGGAUUCAAAGAUCUUGCAGGAGAGUGAACAAAGGAAGAAUCUUGAGCAUUCAUUGCAUCCAACAUCUGAGGAAACUGAGAGAAUCCCUUCAGAAGCUGAUAAAAUUCCAUCUCUCCUGGAAGGAGUUGUUCAGAACCCUAGAAAAACGGUAGGAGAUGAAGAGAAAGCGACAGGGGCAAUUGAUAACAAUAGCAUUGAAGAAAAUGACACAAUAAAGGAGGAUCUAAAACUUUAUACUCAGACACCUGAUGCAAGCAAGGAGAGCAUAAUCUCUGAACAGGAGAUAGAAGUUGGUGAAAUGGAGGUGGAAGAAUUCACAAUGCCAUACAAACUGGACUCUCAAGAAAACACAGAAUAUGAAGAUGUGAUGAAGGACAUAGAAGUUAAUACAAGGAAGGAAGAAGCUGAGGUACAUGAAGGUGCUAAAAUUGAAGAUAAGGAAGAGGACACAGGUGAUCAAUCCAUAAAUGAUGAAUCUCAAAAUGAGGAUGCCUCACCAGGAUCAACUGAAGAAGAAUCACAUGAGAGCCUCCAAGAAGCCAAAAAGGAAGAAAAGAUGCCUGAAGUAGAGGUACAUGAACAACUUGAAACAACCAACACAUUAGAGGAUGCAGAAAUACUCACACUUGAGGAGGAAGAAAUUAGUGAUGCUGCCGGUAAAGGUGCAACUGGAAAUGACCCCUCAGUUGAACUUAGCAGUUCUAUAUCUAUCAAAGAUGAGAAAGUUGAGCACGAUCCAGCGACAACACCAAUAUUGAGUGGAGUGGACAAGGAUGACAAAGGAGAAGAUGCUGAUGAAAGGAAUAUUUACAUUACAGAAGAAGAGGUACAUGAAGGACCAGAGACCAUUUGCCAUUUAGAGACCACCAAAGAAAUCAUAAAAGAUAAUAAUUUGCUUCCCAUGCCAAAACAGACAGAGGAAGAAAGAUUUGAGAGCUUUAGAGAUGAUAAGAACAAGGCAGAAAAAUCAGAAGAAGGGGAUGAUACAGAAUAUGUCACAAUAGAUGGACAAAAUGAGGAUCUCAAACCUGAAUCUGCUGAAGAAGUUCCAGACCAGAGCUUUCAAGUUGAUAAAAAAGAUGCUGACAAGUUUGAAGGAGAGAAACUUGAGAAGUCUGAGACAGCAGCAGGAGAAAGCAUUCCUGGUGAGACAAGUCAAACAGCUGAAAGUCCACAGGAAACAUUUAACACUUCAAUGGUAAGACAAGAAGAUAAACUGCAAAUUGAGUACGAGAGCGCAGAUACAACGGAAGCUUUGCCAGAGGAGAAAGGCAAUGAGGAGGAAUCUUUUGUCAUACCAGCUGAAGCAAGCAGCAAUGACAUCAAGCAAGGUGAGACUGAAGGACAAAAUGAAAACAAAAUAUUGAAGAACGAAGAAGAUUCAAAGAUCUUGCAGGAAGGUGAACAACGGAGGAAGCUUGAGCAUUCAUUGCAUCUGACAUCUGAGAAAACUGAGAGAAUCCCUUCAGAAGCUGAUAAAAUUCCAUCUCUCAUGGAAGAAGUUGUUCAAAACCCUGGAAAAACUUUAGGGGAUGAAGAGAAAGCUGCAGGGGCAAUUGAUAACAAUAGCAUUGAAGAAAAUGACACAGCAAAGGAGGAUCUAAAACUAGAUACUGAGACAUCUGAUGCAAGCAAGAAGAGCAUAAUCUCUGAACAGGAGCUACAAGUUGGUGCUGUGGAGGUAGAAGCAUUCACAAAGGCAUACAAACUGGACUCUCAAGAAAAAACAGAAUAUGAAGAUGUGAUGAAGGACAUAGAAGUUAAUACAAAGAAGGAAGAAGCCGAUGAGGUACAUGAAGGUGCUAAAAUUGAAGAUAUGGAAGAGGACACAGGUGAGCAGUCCAUAAAUGAUAAAUCUCAAAAUGGAGAUGCCUCACCAGAAUCAAUCAGAGAAGAAUCACAUGAGAGCCUCCAAGAAGCAAAAAAUGAAGAAAAGAUGCCUGAAAUAGAGGUACAUGAACAACUUGAAACAACCAGCACAUUUGAGGAUGCUGAAAAACUCACACUUGAGGAGGAAGAAAUUAGUGAUGCUGCCAGUAAAGGUGCAGCUGGAAAAGACCCCUCAGUUGAAGUUAGCAGUUCUAUAUCUAUCAAAGAUGAGAAAGUUGAGAACCUUCAAGUCAAGAAUGAUCCAGAGACAACACCAAUAUUAAGUGAAGGGGACAAAGAUUACAAAGAAGAAGAUGCUGAUGAAAGGAAUAUUAACAUUACAGAAGAAGAGGUGCUUGAUGGACCAGAGACCAUAUGCCAUUCAGAGACCACCAAAGAAAUCACAAAAGAUAAUAAUUUGUUUCCCUUGCCAAAACAGACAGAGGAAGAAAGAUUUGAGAGCUGUAGAGAUGAUAAGAUCAAGGCAGAAAAAUUAGAACAAGGGGAUGAUACAGAAUAUGUCAGAAAAGAUGGACAAAAUGAGGAUCACAGACCUGAAUCUGCUGAAGAAGUUCUAGACCAGAGCUUUCAAGUUGAUGAAAAGGAUGCUGACAAGUUUGACGGAGAGAAACUUGAGAAAUCUGAGGCAGCAGCAGAAGAGAGCAUUGCUGGUGAGACAAGUCAAACAGCUGAAAGUCCACAGGAAACACUUAACACUUCAAUGGUAAGACAAGAAGAUAAAUUGCAAAUUGAGUGCAAGAGCGCAGACACAACAGAAGCUUUGCCAGAGGAGAAAGGCAAUGAGGAGGAAUCUUUUGUCAUACAAGCUGAAGGAAGCAGCAAUGACAUCAAGCAAGGUGAGACCGAAGGACAAAAUGAAAACAAAAUAUUGAAGAAUGAAGAAGAUUCAAAGAUCUUGCAGGAAAGUGAACAAGAGAAGGAGCUUGAGCAUUCAUUGCAUCUGACACUGGAGGAAGCUGAGAGAAUCCCUUCAGAAGCUGAUAAAAUUCCAUCUCUCAUGGAAGGAGUUGUUCAGAACCCUGAAAAACCUCUAGGACAUGAAGAGAAAGCUACAGGGGCAAUUGAUAACAAUAGCAUUGAAGAAAAUGACACAGCAAAAGAGGAUCUAAAACUAGAUAAUGAGACAUCUGAUGCAAGCAAGGAGAAGAUAAUCUCUGAACAGGACAUAAAAGUUAGUGAAAUGGAGGUAGAAGCAUUAACAAAGGCAUACAAACUGGACUCACAAGAAAAAACAGAAUAUGAAGAUGUGAUGGAGGACAUAGAAGUUAACCCAAAGAAGGAAGAAGCUGAGGAGGUACAUGAAGGUGCUAAAAUUGAAGAUAAGGAAGAGGACACCGGUGAGCAGUCCAUAAAUGAUGAAUCUCAAAAUGGAGAUGCCUCACCAGAAUCAAUCGGAGAAGAAUCAUAUGAGAGCCUCCAAGAAGCCAAAAAGGAAGAAAUGAUGCCUGAAAUAGAGGUACACGAACAACUUGAAACAGCUAACACAUUUGAGGAUGCUGAAAAACUCAAAUUUGAGGAGGAUGAAAUUAGUGAUGCUGCCAGCAAAGGUGCAACUGUAAAUGAUCCCUCAGUUGAGGUUGGCAGUUCUAUAUCUAUCAUAGAUGAGAAACUUGAGAACUUUCAAGUUAUGAAUGUUCUAGAGUCAACACCAAUAUUGAGUGGAGGGGACAGGGAUUACGAAGGAGAAGAUGCUGAUGAAAGGAAUAAUAAUGUUAUGGAAGAAGAGGUACAUGAUGGACCAGAGAUCAUAUGCCCUUCAGAGGCCAACAAAGAAAUCACAAAAGAUAAUUAUUUGCUUCCCUUGCCAAAACUGACUGAAGAAGAAAGAUUUGAGAGCUGUAGAGAUGAUGAGAACAAGGCAGAAAAAUCAGAACAAAGGGAUGAUACAGAAUGUGUCACAAAAGAUGGACAAAAUGAGGAUCUCAGACCUGAAUCUGCUGAAGAAUUUUCAGACCAGAGCUUUCAAGUUGAUGAAAAAGAUGCUGACAAGUUUGAUGGGGAGAAACUUGAGAAGUCUGAGGUAGCAGCAGAAGAAAGCAUUGCCAGUGACACAAGUCAAGUAGCUGAAAGUCCACCGGAAACACUUGACACUUCAAUGAUGAGACAAGAAGAUAAAUUGCCAACUGAGUGCAAGAGUGCUGAUACAACAGAAGCUUUGCCAGAGGAGAAAGGCAAUGAGGAGAAAUCUUUUGUCAUACUAGCUGAAGGAAGCAGCAAUGACAUCAAGCAAGGUGAGACUGAAGGACAAAAUGAAAAGAGAAUAUUGGAGAAUGAAGAAGAAUCAAAGAUCUUGCAGGAAAGUGAACAAGGGAAGAAACUUGAGCAUUCAUUGCAGCUGACAUCUGAGGAAGCUGAGAGAAUCCCUUCAGAAGCUGAUAAAAUUCCUUCUCUGGUGAAUGAAGUUGUUCACGACCCUGGAAAAACUCUAGGAGAUGAAGAGAAAGUUACAGUGGCAAUUGAUAACAAUAGCAUUGAAGAAAAUGACACAACAAAGGAGGAUCUCAAAUUAGAUGCUGAGACACCUGAUGCAAGCAAGAAGAGCAUAAUCUCUGAGCAGGAGACAAAAGUGGGUGAAUUGGAGGAAGAAGCAUUUGCAAAGGCAUACGAACUGGACUCUCAAGAAAGAACAGAAUAUGAAGAUGUGAUGAAGGACAUAGAAGUUAAUACAAAGAAGGAAGAAUCUGAGGUACAUGACGGUGGAAAAAUUGAAGAUAAGGAAGAGGACACAGAGCAGUCUGUCAUAAAUGAUGAAUCUCAUAAUGGAGAUGCCUCACCAGAAUCAAUUGAAGAAGAAUCAUAUGAGAACCCCCAAGAAGCCAAAAAAGAAGAAAAGAUGCCUGAAAUAGAGGUACAUGAACAACCUAAAACAACCAACACAUCAGAAGAAGCAGAAAGUCUCAUGUUUGAGGAGGAAGAAAUUAGUAAGCACCAAUCACCACAACUUGCAGAUAAAAUGGAGGAGGGCUCCAAUGAAGAAAAUGCUGUACAAACAGUGAAAGAAAAGGAGGUAUAUGAAGCUGCCACAACAGCAAAUUCAGGAAUAAGCAAGGAAAAUCUGGGCAUAGAGGGUAAUGACAAACCUGGCCUUUUCUCAUCAACAAAAGAUGCAACAGUGGAGGAAAUCUCAAACAAAGACAAAAGCAGCCCCAUGAACUUGAAAGAAGAGGUUAGCGACUCAAGUGUAGCCCUCAAGAGAGAUAUUGAGGAAACAGGUCCUCUGGAGGAAACAACCCCUCAGAAUACAGAAGACCAGCCAGAGCAAAAAAAUGACCACAAUCCUCUUGAUACCACAGAGGAUGAAAUCGAAGAAGACCCCAUUCAGAACUCCUCCUUCAAAUCAGAAGUCUGUAGGGACACUGAAGAACUCUUAGAAAAAGAAAGAACAAAUUUUAGUGAUACCGAAUCCACUGCAGCUGCAAAAGAAGAACCAACAGUAAGGGAAGUUGAACAUGAAGACAAUACAGAGGUAGGUGGAUCUGAAUCUGAUCUUCCUCUAGAAGAGAAAGGCCUGGCUGCAACAGAAACCAAAGGAGUUGACCUGGACAGUGUGGACACCGAUGUGGAAGAGGACUCCACCAACUCUUUUGAGAAGGACAAGGAGAUUCCAACAGCAGCAAAUGAAAUGCAAGAUGAGGCUUCAAACUCAGUAGGUGAAGAUCAGGAAGAGGUUACCACAAGGGUCAUUCCCUUAAAAGAAAUAUUGGAAGGUGACUUGAAGGAAAUUUCUGAAGUGCCAUUGGAAGAACAUGGUCUCGUAUCCACAGAAGCAAGGGAAAUAAAUGAAACUUCAGUGAAAAUUCAAGAUACAUGUGAAACCUCAGAAAGUCGUUCCAUUUCACCAGGAGUAGAAGAGAUGUUGACGCAAAAAGAGGAUAAUCUCUCCAACACAAUAGACAUCCCUUUACUUGGGACUGUUGAUACAGGGGAGGAGAGUGUGGAUGAAAUCAAGAAGCACCUAGGUAAAGAUCGACAUCUCCAUACUGAGCAGUCAGCUGAAACAUACAUCUCCAAGACAAAAGAUGCAGAAGUCUCUGAUGAGGAAGAAACUAGAGAUGAAGGCGAAUAUGAAAAGCCAAUUGAUGAGGCCUUAAAGUGUAUUGAACCUUCUGGUAUAAUAGAGGAUGAUGAAAAAGAUAUCAACAAGGCAGAGAAUUCUUCUCCCAACUUGGUAGGAAGCUUGAAGGAUAAUACUGAUAUAGAAAAGGAAGCAACCAGAUUAGAAAGAUCUGACCAGAUACGUGAGAUCAACAGUGUCAAUGAUGAAGCAUCACAAAUAGAAGAGAAUCUUGAACCAGAGGAAUUUGAUCAGAAGCUCAAGCACGAAACUGACUCAAAGAAUGAAGAUCAAAGCAAUGAAACAAUCCUUGAUUCCAGCAAGAGCCAAAAGGAAGAAAACACCACUGAUGCUCAGAAUCAAGAAGCUGAAAAUGAGAAAGAAGAGGAAAAUGAGAAAGUUAAAGGGGAAAUAGAUAAGAAUAGCAUCAGAGAAAAUGACACUACGAAGGAGGAUCUCAAACUAGAAGCUGAGACAUCUGAAGCAAGCAAAGAGAGCAUAAUCUCCCAACACGACACAAAAGUGGGUGAAAUGGAGUUAGAAGCAUUCACAAAGACAAACAAACUUGACUCGCAAGAAAAAACAGAACAUGAAGAUGCGAUGAAGGACAUAGAAGUUAACACAAGGAAGGAAGAAGCUGAGGAGGUACAUGAAGGAGCUAAAAUUGAAGAUAAGGACAAGGAUACAGAGCAGUCCACAAUAAAUGAUGAAGCCAUUGGAGAAGAAUCACAUGAGAGCCUCCAAGAAGCAAAAACAGAAGAAAAGAUGCCUGAAAUAGAGGUACAUGAACAACUUGAAACAACCACCACAUCAGACGAUGGUGAAAAACUUAUGUUUGUGGAGGAAGAAAUUAGUAAGCACCAGUCAACACGACUUACAGAUAAAAUGGAAGAGGACUCUAAUGAAGAAAAUGCUGUAAAAAUAAUGACAGAGAAAGAGGAAAAUCAAGUCACUCAAGAAAGUAAGGACAUUGAUACACAGAAAACAAGUGAUGGCAGCAGCAAAGGUGCUAACAACUUUGAUGCACCUGCAAGAGUAACCAAUAAAGAGGAGUCUCUGGAGAAGGAAGAUAAGGAAAGAGAACCAGAAAAAGAGGUACAUGAAGCAGACAUAACACCAGACUCAGAAAGAGGCAUGGAAAAUCUCGGCAUAGAGGAAAAUAACCAUCCUGACCUCUCUUCAUCAACUAAAGAUGAAGUUGCAGAGGGAAAAAUUUCAAAGGAAGACGAAAGCAGCCCCAUGAACUUAAAAGAAGUGGUUGGCGGCUCAAGUUUAGCCAUCCUGAGAAAUAUUGAUGAAACAGGUUCAGUGGAGGAAACAGCCCCUCUGACAACAGAGGACAGGCCGGAGCCAAAGAAUGACCAACAUCCCCUUAAUAUCACAAAGGAAGGAAACAAGGGCAUAAUUUUGGAAGAAAUGAAAGAAGACCUUGUUCAGAACUCUUCUUUCGAGUCAGAAGUCUGUAAAGACACUGAAGAACUCUUAGAAAAAGAAAGAUCUAACAUUUGUUACUCUGAAUCCAUUGCAGCAGCAACAGAACAAACAAAAGUAAAGGAAGCUGAUCCAGAAGAUAAUACAGAGGUAGGAGGAUCUGAACUUCCUAUAGAAGAGAUAGGCCUGGCUGCAACAGAAACCAAAGGAGGUCACCUGGACAGUGUGGAUGCCAAUGCGAGAGAGGAUUCCUCCAACUCUUUUGAGAAGGAGAAGGAGAUUCCGAAAGCAGCAAAUGAAAUGCAAGAUGAGACUUCAGAAUCAGUAGGUGAAGAUCAGAAAGAGGUUACCACAAGGGUUGCUCCCUUCAAAGAAAUAUUGGAAGGUGACUUGAAGGAAAAUUCUGAAGUGCCAUUGGAAGAACUUGGUCCCAAAUCAACUGAAGAAAGGGAAAUAAAUGAAACUUCAGAGAAAAUUCGAGAUUCAUGUGAAACCUCAGAAAGUCAUUCCAUUUCACCUGGAGUAGAACAGAUGUUUAUGCAGAAAGAGCAAAAUCUCUACAAUAAAAUAGCUGUUCCUUUACUUGGGACUGUAGAUACUGGAGAGGAGAGAGUAGAUGAAAUCAAGAAGCACGCAGCUGAGGAUCAAGAUCUCCAUGCUGAGCAGUCAACUGAAACAUACAUCUUCAAAACAAAAGAUGCAGAAAUCUCUGGUGGGGAAGAAAUUAGAGAUGAAGGUGAAUAUGCAAAGCCAACUGAUGAGGCUGCAAAGUGCAUUGAACCUUCUGGUAUAAGAGAGGAUGAUGAAAAGGAUGUCAAUGAGCCAGACAAUUCUUCUACCAACUUAGCAGGAAGCUUGAAGGAUAAUAUUGAUGUAGAAAACGAAGCAACCAAAUUAGAAAGAUCCAACCAAAUAAAUGAGGUCAACAACAUCAUUGAUGAAGCAUCACAAAUAGAAGAGAGUCUUAAACCAGAGGAAUUUGAUCAGAAGCUCAAACAUGAAGCGGAGUCAAUAGAUGAGGAUCAAAGCAAUGAAACAAUCCUUGAUUCCAACAACAGUGAAAAGGAAGAAAAUAUCUUUGAUGCUGAGAACCAAGAAGUUAGAAAUGAGAAAGAAGGUUCAAUAGAUAACAAUAGCAUUGAAGAAAAUGGCACCACAAAGGAGGAUCUCAAACUAGAUACUGAGACAUCCAAUGCGAGCAAGGAGAGCAUAAUCUCCCAACAGGACACAAAAGUGGGUGAAAUGGAGGUAGAAGCAUUCACAAAUGCAUACAAACUAGACUCUCAAGAAAAAACAGAAUAUGAAAAUGAAAUGGAGCACAGAGAAGUUAAUACAAAGAAUGAAGAAGCUGAGAAGGUACAUGAAAGCGCUAAAAUUGAAGAUAAGGAAGAGGACACAGAGCAGUCCAUCGUAAAUGAAGAAUAUCAUAUUGGAGAUACCUCACCAGAGUCAAUUGUAGAAGAAUCACAUGAGAGUCUUGAAGGAGCAAAAACAGAAAAAAUGAUGCCUGAAAUAGAGGUACGUGAACAACUUGAAAUGGCCAACACAUUAGGGGAUGGUGAACAACAUAUGUUUGUGGAUGAAGAAAUUAGCAAGCACCAGUCAACACAAAUUCCAGAUACAACAGAAGAGAGCUCUAACGAAGAAAAUGCUCUACAAAUAAUGACAGAAAAAGGGGAAAAUCAAGCCACUCAUGAAGGUGAGGACAUUGAUACACAGAAAACGAAGGAUGACAGCAGCAAGGCUGGUGACAACUUCAAUUUGCCUGCAAGAGUAACUGAUAAAGGGGGAUCUCUGGUGAAGGAAAAUAAGGAAACAGAACCAGAAAAAGAGGUAUGUGAAGCAGACAUAACAGCAGAGUCAGGACCAAGCAGAGAAAAUCUGGGCAAAAUAGAAAAUGAUGAACCUGACCUCUCUUCAUCAACUAAAGAUGAAAUUGUGGAGGAAAUCUCGAAGGAAGAUGAAACCUGCCCCAUCAACUUAAAAGAAGUGAUCAGUGACUCAAGUUCAGCCCUUGUGAGAGAUAUUGAGGAAACAGGUUCUGUGGUGGAAAUAACCCCUCAGAUCACAGAGGACAGGCCAGAUCCAAAGAAUGACCAGGGUCUUCUUGAUAUUACAGAGGAAGGAAAAGAGGAAAUAAUACUGGAAGAAACAGUAGAAGACCUUGUUCAGAAAUCUUCCUUCAAGUCAGAAGUCUGUAAGGACACUGAAGAACUCUUAGAAACUGAAAGAACAAAUAUUAGUGAUUCUGAAUCCAUUGUGGCAGCAAUUGAAGAAACAAAAAUAAAGGAAGCUGAACCAGAAGAUAAUACAAAGGUAGGAGGAUCUGAUCUUUCCUUAGAAGAGAGAGGCCUGGCUGCAACAGAAACCAAAGAAGUUAACCUGGACAAUGUUGACAUCAAUGUGAAAAAGGAUUCCUCCAAUUCUUUUGAGAAGGACGAGGAGAUUCCAUCAGCAGAAAAUGAAAUGCAAGAUAAGACUUCAAACUCAGUGAAAGAGGUUACCACAAAGGAUGCUUCCUUAAAAGAAAUAUUGGAAGAUGACUUGAAGAAAAAUUUUGUAGUGCCAUUGAAAGAACAUAGUUCCACAUCCAAUGAAGCAAGGGAAAUAAAUGAAACUUCAGUGAAAAUUCAAGAUCCAUGUGAAACCUCAGAAACUCAUUCCAUUUCACCUGGAUUAGAAGAGAUGUUGCAAAAAGCAGAUAAUCUCUCCAAUCCAAUAGCUGUCCCUUUACUUGAGAUUGUAGAUACGGGAGAGGAGAGUGUAGAUGAAAUCAAGAAACACACAGGUGAGGAUCGAGAUCUCCACACUGAGCAGUCAACUGAAACAUAUAUCUCCAAAACAAAAGAUGCAGAAGUCUCUAAAGGGAAAGAAACUAGAGAGGAAGGUGAGCAUGAAAAGCCAAUUGAUGAGGAUGUAAAGUGUAUUGAACCUUCUGGUAUAAGAGAGGAUGGUGAAAAGGAUAUUGACAAGCCAGACAAUUAUUAUACCAACUUGGUAGGAAGCUUGAAGGAUGAUACUGAUAUAGUGAAGGAAGAUAUUGAAUUAGAAAGAUCCAACCAGAUACACGACGUCAACAACAUCAAUGAUGAAGCAUUGCAAACAGAAGAGAAUCUUGAACCAGAGGAAUUUGAUCAGAAGCUCAAACACGUACCUGAGUCAAUGGAUGAAGAUCAAAGCAAUGAAACAAUCAUUGAUUCCAACAAGAGCCAGAAGGGAGAAAACACCAUUGACAUCCAGUAUCAAGAAGCUGAAAAUGAGAAAGAAGGGGAAACAGAAACUGAAUUAAAGAGUGAAGAUCCUAUUGAUAAAGAACAAAGUGAAAAUGAGCUCAACAAGGCUGUUAUCUUAUCUAAAGAGGUUGAUGAGGAAGUUAGGAAAGUUGAUGACAGUGAAAACAUUAAAGAACAUGUCAAAGAGGAAGAAUGUAGCAGAAACAACUUUCUCAUGGCUUCAAUAGGAGACAAAACAAUGCAUAAGGUUAAAGACUACAGUCCAAUCUCCACUGAAUGUGUUGAAGGGGCAGAAUUCAAAGAGCCGAUGAAUGCAGAAAGCACCCACAUGAGACAUGAUCCUGUCACUGGGGGAGAAGUAUCCCACACUACAAAAGAAUUAGAAGAAAGAGAACAUGAUGGCAAUGGUGAGAUGCCUUUGACCAAGUUUGUUGAACAAGGUGAAGAGUCAGAAGAAAAGAUCAACAAGGAGAUCACAGCGGAGUCAGACAUUUGUCACAACCAGACCGAUACUGCACCUCUGACAACAGUAGAAGCAGAUAUAAGCUUAAGGAGCAGUGAGCUAGAUGACAAGAUAGAAAACACAUUAAAUGUUGGCUCUGACAAUGCAAAUCCAGAAACAACUAAAAGUGAUGCUAAUCAAGAGAGUAACGAAGUUGAGAAUGAUAAACUUCAAGCCACUUCUUCUGACUUGGCAUCCCGAAUCUCAACUAGUGAAUGUGAGUCAAAGGCUACUAAGGAUAAAACUGAGGUAAUUGAUAGAGAUGUUGGUGCAGAUUACAUUUCCAGAGAACAGAGUGCUAAAGAGACAGAUAAAGCCGAGAAAAGCCCAACUGUGGAAAAUCUGGAUGGAACUGUGGAAACUUCACAUACAGUUGAAUUGGGAAAAGAGAUAUUAGUUUCAGAUGCAAUUUAUAAGCCCCAAGACAAGGGUACUGAAGAGAAAGCAGAAACCAGGAAAAGCCCAAAUGAAGAGACUGCAGCAGUUUUAGAAUCUCAAUUUGCUAAACAAGAUGAUAUUGCAUUUGACAAGGCUCUCCCAGAAGAGAAAUCAGAGGAGGAACUUCAAACUCCAUUCUCCAGAUUGCCUUCUGAUAACAAGGAGAUAGGAACUAUAACCAUUGAGAAGGAAAAGGAAGAGCAAGAGGAGGACAAGGAGAUGCUAGAAACUGGGAGUCCAGAAGAUUUUUCAGAUUUUUCAGAUGCAAAGACAUCAGGAGAUGUAUGCUUGAGAAAUGAAGAACAAAGAGAGCCUAAAGCUGUCUCAGAAGAAGACAUUACGGUUUGUCAGGUUUUCCCAGCAGAGAAAUCAGAGGAGAAAAUUCAGACUACAUCUUCUGUCUUGCCUUCUGAGGGACAGGAGUACAGAACAGCAAAUAUGGCAGGGAAGACAGAAUAUGAUGAGAGGAAGCAAGUGGCAAUCCUGAUGGAUCAGACUCCAGAUGACUAUUCAGAUGCAAACAAAAAAGAAGAGGGAUGCUUCCAAGGCCCAACAAAUUUAGAAACUGUCACAGGAGAUGAUAUCACUACUGGUCAGAGCCUAACAGAAAAUAAAUUAGACGAACAGAUUAAGACAACAAGCUCUGCAAUUCUCUUCAAGGAACAGGAGAGUGAAGCUGCAGUCACCAUUGAGAAGAUAGAAGAAGAAGAAACAGCAGGCACAGGAAUAUUGGAAGGUGGAAGUCCAGAAGAUUCUUGUGAUGCAAAGAAAACAGAAGAAAUACACCUUCAACAAGAAGAGCCUCAGGAGCUUGAAGGUGAUUGGAACUAUGAAACUGUGGCUGCUCAAAGCCCAUUUGUAGAGAAAUCAAAUGAGGAAAUUUCAGCCCCAUCAUCCACGUUGCCUUAUGAAGACCCAAAGCAUGGGACUAAAACCAAAGUUGAUGAUAUGGAAGAAGAAAGAAUGAAGAAAGAGGAAGGACCCACAGAGAUUGGAGCUGUUAUAGAAAAAGAAAUUAUUGCUGGUCAGGUGCUGCCAGCAGAGGAAUCAGAUGCAAAUGUAAAUACUAAAGCAGUUGGGAAAGAAAAAGAAGAGCUAGAAGAUUCCAGCAGCACAGUUAGAGAAGAAAUUAUUGUCAGUCAGGUUCUGCCAGGAGAGGAAACAGAGGAAAAUGGAAAUACCAAAGCAGUUGAGAAGGAAGAAGGAAAGCUAGAAGCUGAGAUUAAUGAAGAUUCAAGCAAGGUCUUUGUGAAACAUGAGCCUACUGAUAGUCAAAAGUUUGCUGCAGAGAAACCAAGGCAGCAGGUUCAAGAAGAGGAGCAUGAAACAAUGAUCAUUGCUAGGAAGAUUGAAGAUGAUAAAAAACAGGAAGCAGAAAUCAUAGAAGAUGACAAUGCAGAUCCAGCAGAGUCAGUGAAAGAUUUAUGCAUGAAAGAGGAUUCCACAGAGGCUGAAACAUUUGAAGAAAAUGAAAUUGCCGCCAAUCAGACUUCCAAGGAAGAGAAAUCGGAGGAACAGAGUCAGAUUGCAAUCUCUGCAUUGCCUUCCGAUGAACAGGAGUGUGAAGGUGCAACUACAGUUGAGAAUACCAACAGCCAGAACUUUUCAGCAGAGACAUCAGAGAAGCAUGUUCAAGAAGAGAAGCAUGAAGCAGCAAUCACUGCUAAGAAGUUAGAAGAUGAUCAAAAAGAGGAAGUAGCAAUUAUAGAAGAUGAGAGUGCACAAGAUGAUAAAGAUUCAAAGACAGUGGAAGAUUUAUGCCUCCAAAAGGAUCACAUUGAACCUAAAGCAGUCCCAGGAGACGAAAAUACACCUGAUCAGGCUCCCAUGGAGAAGAAAGCAGAGGAACAGAUUCAAAUUGCAAUCUCUACAUUGCCCUCCAAAGAAGAAGAGGGUGAAGGUGCAAUGAAAGUUGAGAAUACAAAUGAUUGGAGCAUUUUGGCAGAUAAAUCAGAACAGCUGGUUCAAGAAAAGGACAAUGAAACAGGGAUCAUUGGUGAGAAGAUAGAAGGGAAUAUAAUAGAGGAAGCAGAAACCAUAGAAGACAAGAACACAGAAGAUUCUUCAGAUUCAAAGACAAUGAAAGGUUUGAGCCUGCAAAAGGAGUCGACAGAACCUGAUGCAGUUAUAGAAAGUGAAACUACUGAAAAUCAGACACUCGAAGAAGAAAAAUCAGAGGAACAGAUUCAGAUUGCAAUCCCCACAUUGCCUUCCAAUGAACAGAAGGGUGAAGGUUUAGAAAAAGUUGAGGAUACUGAUGGUCAGACUUUUUCACCAGAGAAAUCAGAAGAGCAGCAUCAAGAAGAGGAGCACAAAUUGGGGAUCAAUGCUAAGAAGACUGAAGAUGAUAAAAAAGAGGAAGUGGAAAUUGUAGAAGAUAAGGGUGAAAAUGAUGCUUCAGAUUCAAACACAAUGAAAGAUUUUUGCCUGCAGAAGGAGUCGAUGGAACUUGAAGCAGUUAUUGAACAUGAAACUACUGCUGAUCAGGCUAUCAUGAAACAGAAAUCAGAAGAACAGAUUCAGACUGCAAUCCCUGCAUUGCAUUCCAAGGAACAGGAGUUUGAAGGUGCCACUACAGUUGAGAAUAUGGAUGGUCAGACCUUUCCAGCAGAGAAAUCAGAACAGCAGCUUCAAGAAGAGGGACAUGAAGCAGUGAUAAUUGGUAAGACAGAAGACAACAAAAAAGAGCAAGCAGAAACCAUAGAAGAUGUGAGCGCUAGAGAUGCUUCAGAUUCUGAGACAAUGAAAGAUUUAUGCCCACAGAAGCAGUCUACAAAGCCUGAAGCAAUUAUAGAAAAUGAAUCUACUGCUGAUCAGACUGCUGUGAAGGAGAAAUCAGAGGAGGAGAUUCAGAUUGCAAACUCCGCAUUGCCUUCCAAGGAAAUGGAGAUUGAAGGUGCUACAACAGUUGAGGAUUUUGAAGAACAGAAAAUAAAUGAAGCAGAACUAUUAGAAGAUGAGAAUCAAGAAUAUGCUGUUGAUGCAAAAGAAGCAGAAGAUGUACUCUUGGGAAAGGGAACGCUUCAGGAGUUGGAAGCAGUUAGGAAAGAAGAAAUACUUUUUUCUCAGAAAAGAGAGGAAGCAGAAAUUAUAGAAUAUGAGAGUGCAGAAGAUGCUUCAGAUGCAAAGAAAAUGAGGGAUUUAUGCCUGCAAAAGGAAUCCCCAGAGCUUGACGCAGCUCUAGAAAAUAAAACUACAGUUGAUCAGACUGUUGUGGAAGAGAAACUAGGGGAAAAGAUUCAGAUUGCAACCUCUGCAUUGCCUUCCAAGGAAAAAGAGUGUAAAGGUGCCACUACAGUAGAGAAUAUUGAAGAAGAGAAAACAAAGGAGGCAGAAAUUCUGGAAGAUGAGAACCAAGAAGAUCUUUUGGAUGCAGAAAAGGCAGAAGAUAUACUCUUGCAAAAUGAAAGGCUUCAGGAGUCUGAAGCAGUUAGAAAAGAUCAAAUUGAAUCUGAUCAAACUCUACUAACAGAGAAGCAACUUCCAACUGCUUCAUCCACAAUGUCUUCUGAGGAACAGGAGCAUGGAAGUACCUCCAAAGUCAAUGAAGAAGAGAAAACAAAGGAAGUUAGGCUAGAAAAGGACUCUUCUGCAGGAAAGCCAAAAGAAAAAGGAGCAGAGGAUAUAUUCUUAGCAAAGGAAAUGCUGCAGGAGCUGGAAGGUGUUGGAAAGGAUGAAAUUACUUUUGCUCAUACUCCAGUGCUAGCAGAGAAUAUUCAGACUCCAUCCUCUGCAUUGCCACUGGAGGAAGAGAAGCUUGGAACCACAACCCGCAGCGAAGAUUUAGGAGAAGGAAAAUUGAAGGAAGAGGAAGUGCUUGAAAGGAAGCUUUCUGAAGUAAAGUCAACAGAAGAUAAAUUCUCUGAAAAGAAAGGGCCCAAGGAGCUUGAAGAUGUUCCGGAAGAAGAAAUCAUUGCUGAACAGGCCCUGCAAGUAGAGGAAUCAUGGGAGAAUGAAACUAAGAGAUCAGUUCAGAAGCUACAAGAACAGAAAAUGAAAGAGGAAGAAAAGCUAGAAGAUGAGAGUUGUGAAAAUCCUCCAGUUGAGACGAAAACAAAAGUGACAUGCUUUCAAAUGGAAGAGCCAAACAAGCUUGAAGCUGUUGCAAAGGACAAAACUGCUGCUGGUCAGACUUUUUCAGUUGAGCAUUCUGAGGAACUUCAAAUCUUGGCUCCUGCAUUAUCUUUGGAAGACAAGUGGAAAACAAUACAAGGAGAUGAACCCAAGAAGAAUGGAGAUUCCAAAGAGAUUAUGGAAGACAAAGAAGUUGCUCAAACAUUUCACCAGACAUCCCUCUCAGAAGAAUCAGCGAAAGCUAGUGACCAAGAAGACCAGCUGAAGGUUCUAGGCAAUGAGAACAAUGCAACAUUUAAAACCACAACAAACAGAAUUCAAAAUGAAGAGCUGUUGGAGGAAACCCAAAAGGUCAAUGCAAACAAUAAUGAUGAAGAAAUCCUAGCUGAAGACAGAAGCAUUAAGGAACCAGACAACAAUUCUUCAGUCGUCAUGACAGCAACCACUCCUGUUAGGAAAGAGGAAUCAGGUGUAGCAAUAUCAGAAAAAGGAAGCACCAAGUGCCUUGGAGAAGCCAUUGAGAUCAUUCAUGAUGUUCAGCAGAUAGAGAAAAUGGCUAAUGAAGCAUCUGAUAAGCAGACUCCAAGGAAAGUAGAACUGGUCGAGAGCACAGGAACAACAGCUUCAACUGGCAAUGAACUUGCUCAACUGGAAAAGAAGGAUGUUGUUGCAGAAACCUCUGAGACAGCUGAAGUAAGAGAUUUGGAACCUGGAAAGGAUAAGGGGAUUUACGCAGAAAGGAAAGAAGGUGAACAUGGAGGAGUGAAAAAAACAGAAGCAAUUGAGGAGCCCACACCGGCUGAGGACAUUUCAUUAGCUAACCUCCUUCAGAAAUCCAGAAAAGAAACUCUGCAAAUGGCAAAAGAAAUGACUGAAGCGAGACAUCCAACAGCAAGCAAAGAAAAAUUGAAAGUUGAAGAAGCAGAAACCAUUCAAGUCAAAGAAGCAAAAACAGAUGAAGAGAAGGAAGACCGAGAGGAACGAAACAAACACGAGAAGAUGGAUUCUGACCCUGAUUCUCCUAUCAUGGUUGAAGCACCUAGAGAUAUCAGCAUCAAGGUUGCACAUAAGAAAUCUCAUAGCAUCCUCUCGGGUGUUGGGUCAAAGGUCAAGCAUUCAAUUUCCAAGGUGAAAAAGGCCUUUAGUUGUGCAUCUCCUCAGGUGGAAAAAUUGAGUGAGAAACUAGACGAGCACAAGUACUGAGAAUCACGGAAUGUUUAGAUGAUAGAUAUUAGGAAUGGAAGAUAUUGUUUUCGCCUUUUGUAUAAAAUUUCAUGUUGAUGUUACCAGGGAUUGAGUUUGUUAUGUAUAUCUACAGCAUGAAUGGUUUCAGUUUUGUGAGAGUAAAAUGGUGCAUAUUUU